GGAACCAAAGUUACUGAAUCUAACCCGGAACUAUUUCAUUGAUGCACAGCCGUUGAUAACUGAGCAUGGCGUCGGGUCAUUUAUGCAAACUACACAGUCUCUUAACUCGACUUUCUAACGGCACCACAUUAAGACAUGUACAAACAUGUUUGGUGCCAAUGCGACAGAAGUCCAGUGGUCCUUCACUUGAUGAUAACCAUAAUGUGGAUAUUGGUGUGACCUCAGAUGGGAAAACCAUCGUGUGCUACCAUCCCACUGUUGACGUUCCCUAUGAGCUCACCCAGGUAAGAGAGUGA